AUGACCACAUCAUCCGUGUGUGUCGACGACCACAUCAUCCGCGUGUGUCGACGACCACGUCAUCCGGGUGUGUCGACGACCACAUCAUCCGGGUGUGUCGACGACCACAUCACCCGCGUGUGUCGACGACCACAUCAUCCGCGUGUGUCGACGACCACAUCAUCUGCGUGUGUCGACGACCACAUCAUCCGGGUGUGUCGACGACCACAUCACCCGCGUGUGUCGACGACAACAUCAUCCGCGUGUGUCGACGACAACAUCAUCCGCGUGUGUCGACGACCACAUCAUCUGCGUGUGUCGACGACCACAUCAUCCGGGUGUGUCGACGACCACAUCACCCGCGUGUGUCGACGACAACAUCAUCCGCGUGUGUCGACGACCACAUCAUCUGCGUGUGUCGACGACCACAUCAUCCGGCUGGCCACAACCACCGGACAGCUGGCCACAACCACCGGACAGCUGGCCACAACCACCGGACAGCUGGCCACAACCACCGGACAGCUGGCCACAACCACCGGACAGCUGGCCACAACCACCGGACAGCUGGCCACAACCACCGGACAGCUGGCCACAACCACCGGACAGCUGACCACAACCAUCGGACAGCUGGCCACAACCACCGGACAGCUGACCACAACCACCGGACAGCUGGCCACAACCACCGGACAGCUGACCACAACCAUCGGACAGCUGGCCACAACCACCGGACAGCUGACCACAACCAUCGGACACCUGGCCACAACCAUCGGACACCUGGCCACAACCACCGGACACCUGGCCACAACCACCGGACACCUGGCCACAACCACCGGACAGCUGACCACAACCACCGGACAGCUGGCCACAACCAUCGGACAGCUGGCCACAACCACCGGACACCUGGCCACAACCAUCGGACACCUGGCCACAACCACCGGACAGCUGGCCACAACCACCGGACAGCUGGCCACAACCACCGGACAGCUGGCCACAACCACCGGACACCUGGCCACAACCACCGGACAGCUGGCCACAACCACCGGACACCUGGCCACAACCACCGGACAGCUGGCCACAACCACCGGACAGCUGGCCACAACCACCGGACACCUGGCCACAACCACCGGACAGCUGGCCACAACCACCGGACACCUGGCCACAACCACCGGACACCUGGCCACAACCACCGGACACCUGGCCACAACCACCGGACAGCUGGCCACAACCAUCGGACACCUGGCCACAACCACCGGACACCUGGCCACAACCACCGGACACCUGGCCACAACCACCGGACACCUGGCCACAACCAUCGGACACCUGGCCACAACCACCGGACAGCUGGCCACAACCACCGGACACCUGGCCACAACCACCGGACACCUGGCCACAACCACCGGACAGCUGGCCACAACCACCGGACACCUGGCCACAACCACCGGACAGCUGACCACAACCACCGGACAGCUGGCCACAACCACCGGACACCUGGCCACAACCACCGGACAGCUGACCACAACCACCGGACAGCUGGCCACAACCACCGGACAGCUGGCCACAACCACCGGACACCUGGCCACAACCACCGGACAGCUGGCUACAACCACCGGACAGCUGACCACAACCAUCGGACACCUGGCCACAACCACCGGACAGCUGACCACAACCACCGGACAGCUGGCCACAACCACCGGACAGCUGGCCACAACCAUCGGACACCUGGCCACAACCACCGGACAGCUGACCACAACCACCGGACAGCUGGCCACAACCACCGGACAGCUGGCCACAACCACCGGACACCUGGCCACAACCACCGGACAGCUGGCCACAACCACCGGACAGCUGACCACAACCACCGGACAGCUGGCCACAACCACCGGACAGCUGGCCACAACCACCGGACAGCUGGCCUCAACCACCGGACACCUGGCCACAACCAUCGGACAGCUGGCCACAACCACCGGACAGCUGGCCUCAACCACCGGACAGCUGGCCACAACCACCGGACAGCUGGCCACAACCACCGGACAGCUGGCCUCAACCACCGGACAGCUGGGCAGUUAUAACCUCUCCAACAACCACAGUGAACCACAGCGAACCGAGGCGGAGAAGCGCCGGAGCAGAUUCGGAAGUAAUUAG